AUGCCGCACAUCCUCAUCUUCGGAGCCACUGGCACAAUUGGUGGCGCACUCGCACACUACCUCCUCAGCAGCGGGCAGCAUACGGUCUACGGCCUUGCAAGGUCCCCAGCCAAAGCGAAAGUACUCGCAAAGCAGGAGAUCAUCCCCGUUCUCGGCUCCAUUGCCGAGCCUAAAGGUUUCCUGGAUCUUCUUGCCUCUCACCCCGAAAUCAGCGUUGUCGUCGACGCGGCCGCCGCAUAUGGCGAGAGCGCUACAAUAGUGGACCUUCUCGUAACAGCGGGCAAGAAGCGACUUGAAGAGUACGAGAGAGUGGGCGCACCUUCGGGCCCCAAGUUGGGAUAUGUUUAUGUUUCGGGGAUGUGGGUCCACGGCUCCAGCCACACUCCUGUCUCCGACAUGGACGCCCUGACCGGCACGUCCGCCGCCGGUAGCCCCCCCGCCAACAUGGUAGCCUGGCGCCCCCAGAUCGAACGAACCAUCCUCUCGCCCGCCACGCGCGCCGUCCUGGACACCGCAAUCGCCCGACCUGCGUGCACUUACGGGAGCGGCUCCGCAAUCUGGGGCGCUCCCCUUUCCGCCCUCCUGAAAGCCACAAAAGCCAGCCCGCAGCCCCCGAGCGUGCAGAUCACUCUUGAUCCGCUUGGUACCGCGGCGCUGGUCCAUGUCGAGGAUGCAGGCGCUGGGAUCGGCGCGCUGGUGGAGAAGCUGCCGUUGUUGGCGGGCACGGGCGUCUAUCCGGUCUUUGACUUUGUGGGGCAGAUUGAGAGCGUGAGGGCGAUUAUGGAGGGCGCGGCGAGGGUAUUUGGGUAUAAAGGUGUUGUGGAGCUGACGGGGGUGCAGGAGGGUGAUGUGCUGGGCGAGGCGCUUAGUUCGAGUGUGAUUGGAGAUUCUGGUAGGGCAAGGGGGUUGCUGGGUUGGGAGGCGAAGAGGAGGGGGUUCUUUAGUGGAAUUGAUCUGUAUGCUACGUCGUGGCUUGCUGGUACCGAAUGA